AAGUAGCGCUUGCCUGCAUGCAAAAGGAGCUUCCCCAUCAGCUGCUGCUUUGCUUCCUGGUGUUGACCCUCACUUCAUGCUCUUUGCCUUCUGAUUGCUUCUUUGGCUUCGUGUCGGUAGCGCCCUUCCCUUUGACGACCAUUUCUUAACGACUAAUUCUACGACAAGUCACGACUAGAUCACCGCUACUGCUACCGCUACAACUACUACUAUUGCUUCUACUACCCCUGAUCUCUGCGCAGACCAAAACAUCGAGAUCGCCAACCAGCCUUGACUGUGGGCGCCCGCCAUGUUUGCGCCCCCACCCAUGUCGACACCGGGCGUGCUUCCUGGCGAUUACGCAGACAGUCGGCCUCGGAGGCAACGAUCGCUGUCGUGGCGCGCCGAAGCUGGCCUCCCUCCUCCGCCGUCGGAAAUCGACAAUUACGCAGACCUGCACCACGCACUCGCUCCCAGCAGCCCACCGCACAUGCGCGCCACAUCGCCGAGCAUGUAUGAUUCAAACUUUGGGGCCCAGGGGGACAACGAGCAGAUGCCGAUGAAUGCCGUGAGCAAACACCCCAAGCUCAAGCUGCGCCUGCUCCUGGCAAGCAACGUCUUCGAGGCCGGCGGCACCGUCUCGGGCCACUUGGAGCUCACGUCGAGCACGAGCCAGCGCCUGCGCAUCGGCGAGAUUGCCGUUGAGCUGGAAGCGUUUGAAGAGCUCUCGUCGAGGGAUCACUCUGCGACGCAGAUCUUUCUCUUCAAUCGCACCCUUUUUCAGGGCGAGCACCUUCCCCCAUCCAAUGCUGUGCUACCUUCUGCACCCACGGCUGGCUACUGGACCGCGCGCAAGGGCCGCACCACGUUUCCCUUUUCCUUUCGACUGCCGGACUCGGCGCCGUCGUGCGUCACCUUUGCGGGCAACGCCUGCCUUCGCUACGCCCUCAAGGCCACAACACAGACGUGGUGGAACGACCAGAAGACGCUCGUCACUGUCAAGUCCGACGCCUUUGUCGUUGAGAAGUGGGAAGACGAGGGCGAUGAACGGUAUAUGCAGCCCGUCGAAGCCGUGGCCGACACGAGGUUGUUCAUGGGAGGCACUGGGGCUGUAUGGCUCGAGGCCGGUGUCGCCGAGCAGCUUUUUGUAGCCGGAGGCAUGGUCAUGAUUCGGGCCGGCGUCAAGAACAACACGAAGCGACACCUCUCCGGACUCAAAGUGGCCAUUGCAAGGAGACUCAUUUUCCCCGUCAGUGGGCCACCAGGCGUGCCAGCACAGAGACCCUCGUUGGAGCCGCAGAUCACCGAGGUGGUCCACACGCAGCACUUCAAGGGCCCGUCUUUCGAGUUCCCGCCCUCCGAGGAGGUUGUCGUCAAUCUUGCUGUGGACCUUCCUCGCGAUGUUCGCACCAUUCGGAAGACGAGGCUGUUCGAAGUGCAGACUGUGGCCAUCAUCAGCGCGCAGAUGGGCAACUUUGCAAAGGAUCUCACCGUCGAGGUGCCCUUCUACGUUGCCCACUCGUCGAGCGUUCAGCGGCCCGCCGAGGGUUCCUUGGCCCCGCUCCACAAUCUCCCGCGGCGCAGCACCUCGGCGAUGGCACAUCGCGACCAUCCCCAGCACCAUCCUUACCACCAACAUCACCACCAUGCCCAGAGUCACGCUCCACACCAUCAGUACCAGCAACAGCUCGAUCCACAGAUGCGCACAGUCGAAGCUUACGGUGCCGAGAGGGGCUGGUCUCCUGCUCCUAUCCCUCAGCAAGGAUUCGCCCCGCCGUCGAGGCCCGCUUCUGCCGCCAUGGGGAUGGUCGCUCUGCCUGUCGCACAGCAACAGCCUCUUGCAAUAGACGCCGCGGUGCAGCAGCUGAUCUGGGACCCCAAUGCUCAGAAUUGGACUACGAGCAUGUUUCUCAACAAUCUUUCGCCUCCUCAACAACCAGACUCCAGGCCGCUCUCCGCCCAGCAACAGGCCCAGCUCCCACGGCCAGCAUCGGCGCAAGGUCUCGUCGGCAAUCGGGCUCCUGCACAUGUCGCGCAGGAUGCUUACGGCGGUCAGCCUUGGCGAGGACCGCAAUCGGGCUCAGCCCACCUCCUUCAGGCAACAGCGAGGCGAAGUAGUGCCCCUGUGCCCGUCGAGCACCAGCAGCAGCCACGAAACAGUUACUUGGCUCCUGGCCCUGAAGCUCGGCCACUACCAGCACCAACGAGCCCGCAGCAGCCGUCCGAGCCGCUUCAACCGUUGUCGCCAUCCGCUGGAAACAAGCCUCAGGUGCAGGCGCCUGCGCCAGCACCCUCGCCCUCACAGCUUCUGGCGAUGCAUUCGCCGCCUCAAGCAGGCCUGGCGACAAUCGAAGAGGAUUCGGAGUCCCAAGCUGGCACUGUCCGGUCCAUCCGAGCCUUGGGUGGAGGAAGCGUCUCGCGAGGUGACAUUCUGCAGUUUGAAGAGAUGGCGAGCAAGGCCGAGGACGAGGAGGAGAUGCGCGAGGCGAUGCGACGAAUGGGAAUGGUGCCAGAGGAGGAGAAGACUGUGAAAGACGAUGACAAGAGUCUGCCAAGGCUUCCUGUGCCCAGCGCGAAGGAGAGCAGCAGCCAAAUGGCUCGGAAACCUCGGGCUUCGGACAUCUUUGCGAGCGAUGCCCCUGGUCCCUUGUCUGUCAAACAGGAGACCGCGAGGCGUGCUAGCAUGACGGCAGUGGACUCGGCUGCAGCUACAAAGGCUUCGGCAGAGCCCAUGCCCGAGCCUCGCACACCCAGGGCCGAGUCGACGCCCCUGCGUCCCAGCUCAUCGCAAGGCCACGGUCUUAAGGCUCUGGAGAGCCGUCUCGCAAGCCCAGACGCCAAGGAAACGUCGCCUGCGAACGCCGCGGGCAGCCGUCGCAACAGUGAUGUGGCCGUCAUGGCCAAUGUGCGCCGGUCUUCGGAGACGAGGAGCCGAAAUGACAGCGGUGCUCUACGCGCAGCUGCUGCGGCCGCCGCGAUGCGCGAGAAACGAGCCAAGGAAGAUGAGGAGGAGCGGCGCAAGGACGAAGAGCGCAGAAAGGAAGAGGUGCAGCGGAAGAAGGCUCGAGAGGCUGAGCUGGAGCGCUUGAAGCGGGAGGAGGAGGCCCGUGACAAGGAGCGCGACGAGCGAAGGCGCAAGCGAGAAGAGCGGGAGAACCAAGAGGCUCUGGAGCGAGAAAGCAGGCGCGAACAGGAGAGAAAACGGUCCACUGGCAUUACUCCUGCGCCGCUUAGUGACAAGCCCCAUUCCCUUUCCUCUUCGCAGCAGAAGAAGGAGGUCGAAGGCGACGGUAAGCCCAAGCGGGCACACGACCAGAAGGAGGAGGAAGUGCGACAGCUCAAUAAGCAAGCCGUCAAUCGUGUUGCCGGCUGGCUGGAGAAGACUCCUUCCCCCAACUCGAGCCGCACAGACACGGCGAAGGGCGAGUCCGAGCUCCAGGCCCCAGCAAGCUCCUUCGAUCCGACACUAUCGCCAAAGACGCCCAGCCCGUCGGUUCUGAUGGCGGGCAAGGACGAGGAUGAGUUUCCCUUCCCUGCCUCCGCUUCCGCAGCUGCCAGGAAGAGCCCGUCUGCGCCUCGAAAGAGCAGCUUAGCAAACGAGCCUACACCUUCGCUGUCGGCCGAUUUGCGAGCACUGAUCGACAGUAGCGAGGUGCGCCCGACGCCCAAGCCUGGCACAGCACUCAAGAGUCAUGUCAGCACUCGGCGCUUCUCCAAUGGCGCCGUGCCCACUUCUGAGAACAAGGGAGGAGGAACGACGACACCGGCUGCUUCUCUCUCGCGCGCAAGACGCAUCUCGCUGCCUGCCCAAGCCUCGUCAUCGCGCGUUCCCAGCUUCACAAAGAAGGCGAACGAAGGUGUCCCUAGCGCUGCUGCACGCGGAAUUCCUGGACUUUCGACGUUUGAUAAAGCGAACGUUGCCUUCCUGAACAAGGCAGCUCCGGCCAAGGUUGAAGCUCAGCCUUUGCAGCCCAGCGCCGAGAAUGUUAAGGCUGACGACGGCGCCGAGGAUGAAGAGGAAAAGGUCAAAGGCAUUCCUCUCAGCGUCCAAAAACACCUUCUCAGCUCGCCGUCUUCGUCCAAAGAAGGUGGUGCCAAGUACGACGCCCGCUCGGCCCGUGGCGGCAGGGGCGGCAAGGUCGCCAGCGUCGCCAGUAUGUGGGCCAAUAUCAGCGACGGAGCGGCAAAGGACGAGGCAACGCCCCUCUCGACCGUCAAGCCCAAGGCUCGACGAUCAGGCGCAAGCCCUGCAUUGGAUUUCAGCAGCCCGGAAAAGUCAGCGUCGACCCCAGCCAAGGCAGAUGAGGAGGUGAAGCCGUCGCAACCGCAGCAGCGUUACAAGAGCCCAGCACUGAAGACGACUUCAGCGCCUCACUUUAUCAACACGACGCUCCCUAAGGCUGUCAUUACGUCGCCAAAGUCGCCCACGACGCUCGAGGAACCCUUGCGCGCUCACCCACAGCCAAAGCCAGCGCACGGACCCAACGGAACCCGCAUUGUCUCGGCCCCUGAAGCUGCCUCGGUCGCCGCUGCUGUCAAGGAGGGAGCUCUGAAGCCCUCUCGCAAGAUCACUGCGGAUCUCAUGGCGGCAGAAGCGAGGCUGUCCGCUGGCGUCGUGCCCGAAGACUUCCCCAAAGACGUUGAUCCCUCCAUGAUCAAGAUGGCCGGAAGGGGAACCACUAAGCCGAUCGGGAAGGAGAAGCUGGCCGACUUGAGGAGCCUCUGGGGUGGUUAACCUGCUGCAUAUAGCCCUACUUUUUUCACUUUCUUUAUAUGUAAUGAUGAUGCAACCUUGAUAUGUUCGCCCGGGA